AUGUCGCUUCCUGUGAUUUCAUUUGACCGUGAAGCUUUGUCAGAAAAUAGGGGGAAGGUCAUAAGUCUUUUAUCAAUGCAACAACUGAAUACAAUAAUGCAUAAUCAUAAUCAUGAACCGGUCCCGGUGGUUCAAUUACGUCUAUGCAGCAAUCAACCUCAAAGAUAUCAAUUAAGAUCUGGUAAUAAGGAGUUCUUUUACCCUACUUUCUUGGUAUUAACUGGUCAGUCUUUUCAAAUAAUGACCGACUGA